GUGGGGGGGUUCGUUCCCCUGGUCCGCCCGCCGGGGCUUCACGGGGGCUGAGCAGCCUUCGCGGCAGUCUUUGCUGCAGCUUCCCAGGGAACAGGAGGCUCUCUCGCUCACGCCCGAGCGCGCCGGCAGGGCAGCGUGGCCGCCUGAACCUUGGAAAGAGCCUGCUCGCUCAGCUUGCACGUGUGAACGAGGGGGCCUGGCUGGCCGAGACACGGGUCUACGCCCGGAAAGAGCGGGACCCGCGUCCCGGAGGCCCCCUGGUAGAGUCGGGGGAGGGAAGGGGAAGGUCCCCGUCAGGCCCCCGUCCCGCCGGAGGUAGGAGCCCGCCCACGCCGCAGGGCUCUAUGAACGAGGUAGCCAGCUGGGAGAACGCGUUAAGCUUUUGGAACGUGGGUAUCCUGGAGUCCUGGAUUCACUUUGCCUCCUCACUCUUCAGGACAGGGCGGAAGCCGUUCUUGUCCAGGACCUCAGCGGAGCCCCUGAAUGCCAGGCUUUGCUCAGGAUGGCCUGUUCCCCCCCACUGGCUGAAUCAUCAACAGCUGCCUUGACCCAGCCACUCAUCCCAGGCUCCCCCUACUCAGUGCUGGUCCUCCAGGAGGGCUAUUCCACAGAGUUGCCAGAUGGCACCACUCGGGCAGAUGGGACAGUGUCUCUGGUUAUAGGGCCACACCUCACCCUGGUGGACACAGGGGGGCCAUGGGGCCGGGAGCAGCUUCUGGCAAGGCUGGCAGAGCAAGGGGUGUCUCCGAGUGACAUCCGGCAUGUUGUCUGUACCCAUGGCCAUUCAGACCACGUGGGCAAUCUCAACCUCUUCCCCCAGGCGGAGCUGCUGGUGGGCAUGGAUGUCAGCCAGCCUGACGGGCUCUACCUCCCUACAGGGCUGCGCCAGGGCUGUCCCUACGUACUCCAUGCUGGGCACCUGGAAGUGCUGCCCACCCCCGGUCACACGGGAAACGAUGUCAGCCUGCUGGUGCGCGGCACCACCCUGGGGGAUGUCCUGGUGGCUGGAGACCUUUUUGAGCACUGUGAAGAUGAUGGAGAAUGGCAGCCUCUCAGCGAAGACCCGGCCCGACAGGCAGAGAGCAGGGCUCGUGCCUUGGCCGUGGCAGAUGUCAUUGUGCCUGGGCAUGGGCCGGCUUUCCAGGUCUUUAGGCCAGGCGCCUUGGAUCAGCCCUCGCCACCCCAAGCACAGAGGAGAUCGGAAGCCUCUUUGCCUGACACAGAUGCCCCUUGAGAGGUGUGUGUGACGAAGAGAGGAAAGGAUUGGAGGGGUGGCUGGAGGGGACAGGCAUGUUGGAAGAACUGGAGGAGGACACCCCGGAUUGGAUGCCAUUUGGGACUUGAAGAGUUGCUGGAUGGACCAGCCAUGCACUGACACCUGAGGAGCAGGGGAGGGGGCUGGAACUGAGCCCACUUGGGGAAGGGGGAUGGCCAGCAGCCUUGCUUAGGGAGAGAAGGCCAACCCUCCGACUCUCUGGGGUCCAGAUUGAUCGUCCUGACCAAACCUGGGUGUGCACGCACAUGCUAUCUCCUGCCUCUGUGCAUGGCUUUGCACGUUCCCUCAUGACCUCACAACGGCAGAGCUGGAAGGAACAUUGAAUCCAGCCCAUGUCAAGGAAGCACUACUGUGGGGAACUCUCGAUGCUCGGCUCUGCAGCUGGAUGCCUUAACCACUGAGCUACCCAGUCUCACUUGAACUCUCUUGCCGAGGGCACCUUUCCACUUUGUGGCCUGUGCCUUGCCCACAGAAGGCAGAGGGUGGGGCCAUGUGGGGCGGGCAGAGCAUUCAGGCUGUUCUGGGCUUUGCUUUGGUGGAAGCUUCCGUAACCAGCGUAUUGAGGGGAGGGUGGAGGCAUGGAGAGGAACUGCUGCCAGGCUGGAGGCUGUGCCAUCUUGAGUCCUGAUGUUUCUCUGGCAAGUGGCCGGCUGAGAGCUCAGCUCUGUUCCUCUGAAGCCACAGUGUGCCCCGGUGGGUCCACGUCUUGGCCCAAGGGGUGCCGGGCUGCACCUCGACCCGCCUAGCCAUACCUUGCCCCUGGCACUCAUCCAUCCCACCUGCUGGUGCUGGGAGCAAAGGUGGGGUUUAUGGGCCUCAUGAGGUGAGUAAUGCCAGGCUAAUGAGUGAGAAGAAGUCCCAAGGAGACCUGGCGCCACCGCUUCCCAGCCCCCCCUUGCCUCGGAGCCCCUCCCUGCCUCCCCCUAUAAGCCCCUCCUAGCCCGGCAGAGCC